CAUGGAGGAGCUCCAACUUGACUUCAGGUAUUUUCCUCACCAUCGAAUUGGCAAGCCUCGGACGCUUCAACCGCGCUGUAAACAAGACAGUGUAGUGUCGACCACCGUGCACUGUGGAUAUAGCUGGCUCAACAAUGCAACCUCGUUUGCAACAAUACUCGCGUCUCAUAGCAGGAAGAAGAUCGCCGGAGAUAUAGUCCCACAGACAGAUAUAACUUGUCGAGGUCGUUUCAAGUGUUCAGAAAAAGGCUCGAAGACUGCCGUUAUGAUGCAGAAGGGGUAGUAGUGUUUACUUGUCUUAUAAGGCUAUUAGCUGUGUGAGUCCCUGUUGCCAGAAUCCCGUGGAAGUGCCAUCUCAAAAUUGAAAAAUAUAAGUAAAAAUACACGUGCUUGAAAAAAAAAUAGAAAUAAAAAAGUCUCAAAGCUCGAAUUCCACCAAGAAGAGUUCGAAAUCUAGAAGAAAGGCAAAAAAAAAAUACGAACAAACGAAGAACCGAAAGCUAAAGGCUAUAUAAGGAGUUGAAAGUGUGAGCAAGAUGGUAGGUACAAAGGACGCUGUGCGACCACCAAGAGGCAAGCCAGAUGACAAGGAAAAGCGGUCUCCAUUGUCAAGACUCCGACUGAACUACUCAUUCUUGCAGGUCGGAAGCGGAGACCGAAAGCAUCACGAACCCGAGUACGAGGAAGUUGGUCCUCCCACCGGCUUGAGGAAGAACACAGAUAACGGGACCAAAGGAGAUGGAGUCCACUGCGACCUCUGCGGUUCAGCCCCGGCGGCGGUUCGUUGUGACCGCUGUGGUUCUCAGACGUUUUGCCUCUCCUGUGACGACAUGUACCACAGACACCCCCGCCGCAGCAGUCAUGUCAGAAAGGCCGUGGACAGCAAAGCUCCCUCGGGCGGGGGGGUGAGACCUCCCCUUCCGCCAAAGGGGGACACCCAGGGAGCGCCGCCCCCCCAGCCGCCCCCUCGGAAGAACAAGCGAUCCGGAUUCGGAUUCUCCAAGAAGGAUCAGAACUACCACUCGUAUAGCGGAGGCCUCGCCAACAUCACCUCCCGUUCAUCCAGCAUGACCAAUCUUCAGAGCGCAGCGAGUGACAGCGUGAGUGGCGCCGGCAGAACGAUCAUGGGCAGCCUCAAGAAGUUCAUGGGCGCCAGACCCCUUCCGCCCACGCCAGACCAGGUCAAAGCGUCGGCGAAGAAUGAUAACCGUGACUCCGUGCCGAGCAAAGCGCUGAUAAGAGCCAGCACCAGCCCGAGCCUUCCCAACCUCAGCGACCAGACAAAUGACGACAUCCGCGCCGGUUUACCACAGUCCAUUCUGGAACUCAACCGCUCCCGCCCGCCGCCCAAGAAUUCGACGUCCACGCCCGCGACGCCCGCCUCCCCCAACGCCCAGUACCCGCCUCUGCAGCCUAAGACGCAGCAGCCGCACGCCCACACCCACUCCCUGGGCAGGAAGUUCUCCCUGCAGCAGCUCCCACAGGCAGGCAUGGAGGACAAGAGGACGUCGCUGGUGGAGCCGAGCCCCGGUGGCGUCGGCUGGGAGUCGGAGACGCCCAAGCCCAUGCCCCGCAACCGCUCUCAGAGCAUCUCCGACGACCAGUGGGCACAGGUGAUGGCCUCUCAGGGCGGGGACGGCACCGGGGGUCCCUCUGGUCCCAGCUGCCCCCCUGGCCACACCCCUGCAGACAUGUCGGCCUUCGUGGGUGCCACCACCAGGCGAGGCUACAACACAAUGGGCGGCCGCGGCAGCUCCUUCGGCCGCGGCAUGGUGUCCUCAGCCUCUGUGUGUGACCUGAACUCCCUCGCUCAGCAGCAGCCCCCGCACGGCUUUAAUAGCUCUCAUCCGGCUAGCAGCUUCCAGCAGCUCAACAUGAUGGGUUACCCCGGGGGAAUGCCCAUGUGGGGCGCGCCUUGUGACCUGUGCACACCAGCGCACAUGCUCGCGGGUCAAGCCAACGUCUCCGGCAUGAAGCGCACAGCGUCCAACCUGUCCAUGAACCUCUCUUCCGUAGGCAGCGACGUGACCGGGUACCCGUGGGGGCCGCCGCCUCCGCACAUGCACCACCACAUGCCGCCCAUGUUCCCGGGAUACUACCCUGGCUACCACCCCCACAUGGGCCCGCCUGCGAUGGGCUCCCUCAACAUGUCCAUCCCGGACUCCAUGAACACCUUCGGUAAGGUCCCCUCCUCCCCAGCCCCCUCCCUCCGCUCCUCCUCGCACCGCUCGCACAAGUCCUCCAAGUCGCGCUCCUUCAGCGGAGCCGACGUCAGCGGCCGACGCAGCCGCAACAGGAGGAAGCAGCGGUCGGAGGAGAGCGAAGAGAGUCGUUCCUCGUCGGUGAGCGACGACGACGACGACGGCGGCGGCAGGAAUAACAAGGUGGGCAGCAGCUUGGCAUGGCAGUGCGAUCACUGCACCUUCAUCAACUCUGGCGGAGUGAGGACCUGUGGCAUGUGCUCAAAAACCAUGGGCGGCGGCGGCGGCGGAGGAGGAAGCGGCCGCAGCAGCCGGCGAGGCAGCGAGCGACAUCGUUCCGACCGGAGGAGAGACCGACGAACCGACCACGAAGAUGACGACCGAGACGUGUCCGAUUACGACAACGACGGCGGGGUGGUGAAGAGUAAUUUAUCUUUCAAUAUCAAGGACAACAGACGAGAGUCUCGCACGAAGGUUUCGAACUCGAGCAAGAGCAAGAGUAAGAAGAAAUCCCGCCGGCGAGGCAGCUCGGCGUCGGCGUCGGAGUCGGCGAGCGACGGCGAGGAGGAGCGACUGGAGCGACACAUGCGCGAUCUGCGGGUUUCGUCGUCCUCCCGCAGGCGAGGCAGCGACUACGAGAGCGUCAGCAAUAAGGACAGAGACAGAGACAGGGACAGGGACAGAGACAAAGGCUCACGCAAGAGAGAAGGAGGCAGCAGCCGCUUCAAAAACCGAGGGAAGAGCCACUCGGAGCGGUCCAGGACUCCGGGCCGACAGACGCCGAGGCGGGAGAGUCCUGUGGAGGACGCAGGCUCCCGGGGAGGCAGCCGCGAGCGCAGCCCCACCGAGGACUCGCGCUCCUCGCACCACAGCCCCUCGGAGGACCGGAACGACCACAACAGCUCCCACGAGGACACGGUCGUCAACACGGUGGCGUCCGAAGUCACGGCCAAGAGUGAGCAUAAGUCCAAGUCGGACAGCAGCAAACGCAGUAGAUCCAGAGCCAGGAGUCAGGCUGAAGAAGUAGCAGACGAAGUCCAGGUUCAGGUGGAGGCUGCCCCUGUGGAGCAGGAACCGUUAGAAGCGAAGUCCAGGACGCCGAGCCCGAGGCAACAGGCGCGGAACAGCAAAUCUCCUGCUCCGUCGCAGCGGGACGGCGACGAGCACAGUUUCGCCAACACGCUCGACGAGAUCACAACGAUGGGGACGAACGAGAUGGCCGACCAAGACCUGAGCAGCCAUUACAUCGAUGAACGCAUAAUCAUGCAGCCGGCGGAGGCGCACGACGAAAUCCCUGAGGUAAUUUUCGUCCGGCCGAAAACACCAGACGAAGAAGCAGUAGCGGAAAAAGCAACAGCAGCUGCAGAUCAGCUGAUGGCCGUCAACGGAGAGACCAACGUUGCCGAAGUCCAGCCCGCUGUUCCUGAGCCUGUGGUGAAGCCGAUCAGCCGAAUCCCUCCCUCGGAGCCGGUGUACGAGCCGCGCUAUGAGCCGAUCGAGGAGCCCGUGCUGAACGAGCCCGCCGUCGCCGCCGCAGAGCCGGACAGCGAGCAGCCCGACUACCAAACAGCCACUAUGGGCAUGUCGGCGGGAGACAAGGAACCGCUGGGCGACAGGGACGACGAGCAGGGCGGCGACGACACCCUCGUCGAGGCGACGCGGCCGAUGGCCGUGGCCGACGUCCGAGGCGGGGAAGGGCUGCGCUCAGGGUCCUCUGGCUCCUCCCUGGGGAUCAACAACACGCCUCCUGACAGGCAGUACACGCCCCUCAGUUUCUCGUCCUCGGAUGCUCAAUUCUAUUCCCCGCCAGACUCGCCUGAUAUUUCGCUCAGCGAGCAGCUCCAGGACAAGCCCCUCCCCAGCAACACACAGACGGUGAAGGCCCACAGUGAUGACUACCUGGUGUCGGCGCUGGAGACGAUGCAGACGGCGCAGACGGGCGAUGACCUCAAGUCGUCCCGCGAGACAAUCAGGUCGUCCUUUGAGCAACUUCCGUACUCGGAGGAGGCGUUCGAGCGAGAGGCGGAGGCGCCCGCAAGGCCGGCCUCUGCGGGCGCCGCGGUCCCGCCCACCGACGGCUACGAGUCCCUCAGUUUCAAGGACGCCCUCACGUCCUCCGAAGCUUCCAGGAAGCAGCAACAGACGCCCCCAGACAAGGGCCUGGCAGCUGCAGCCAGGGGCGAUGACGCGGCAGACAUUGCCUCCAGCCUCGACGCCCUUCUGCAGGAGGCCGAACGACAGUCCAAGGCAUUAGAGGCGGAGGUGAGCGAAAAACACAUGACGGUGGAGCAGAUUAUCAACAAGAGACGACAGGAAACCAUGGAGAGACAAGGGCUCGAGCUGGUGCAGACUCUCAGGAGCGCGGAGGAGGCGGGCUACACGACGGAGGACGUGUCCAUCGCCCUCGCCCAGAGCGGCGACAAGAACCCGCUGGAGUGGCUGAAGGAGAACUGGCGGCACAUGGUGGACACGGUGCUCACCCUGGCCACCAACUACGGCCACGAGCGACGCGUCAACGACGUCGGGGCCAUCACCGCCGCGGAGGCCAAGUCGGCGCUGCGGGUGCACAAGGGCAACAUCUGGGCCGCCGUGACCGAGUGCGUCGAGCAGCGCCAGAAGAAGUUCAACGACAUCCUCUCGCGCGGAAACUUCCAGCGCCAGGAAGUGGUUCGCGCCCUCGAGACUAACGACGGCGACGCUGACGCGGCCCUUCAGGAGUUGAACAAGCCGCAGCAGCAUCAGCCCUUCACCAUGAAGAUCUGGGCGCCGCCGCAGGCUCCUGAAGGACAAACACCCAAGCCGGUAUCCUCCGCUCACGCCCAGGUGGAAGUCCAGGACGCCCCGCCCGCGCCGCCCUCGCCGCCCCCGCCCGCGCCGCCCCCGCCACCGCCCGCGCCCGUCGAGCCGCCCGCCGCACCGCCAACGAUCGCAGGGACCAAGCAAGGUACAGAUGUGGUGGUGCAUCCUCUCAAGGCAUUCACUCACUACGCAGAUCUGUCUAUUUCCGAGUUCUCAGAAGAUCCUCAUAACCCAGAUGCUAUUAGUCCGCUGCCUCAUGAGGCGCUUCCACCUCACCCAGACGCUCUAGCUCACACGCCCUUCUCUCCCCGCGGCGCCGCUGAAGCCAGGCCGCGUGCGGGCGAGGCCCCCCGUGAGGUUCCGACCUCGGGGACUCACGCACUCAGUGAGUCUGCCGCCCCGGAUGCCCGGCCCAAGAAGAAUUACCGCAAGUACUCGAGCACUCUUCACGUGACUCUCUCCUCGAGGAAGCCCGAGCCCUCCCCCAUAGUCCCAGCCAAGCCGUUCGACUCCCAUAAAUCCGAGCCGGAUCUCCGGUCCUCUGACGCGUACGAGUCCAUCUCAAGCGGCCAGGCAAAGCAGGAGGAACCUCUCCACUCCCCCGACUCCCGCGCCCCCCGUCCGGAGAGCCGGUCUGCCCCCUCCUCCGUCAGGAACUCGCUCCUGCUCGGCGACUACGACGCGAGCGACGAAGAGGACUCGGUCAGCAUCACCACCGGCAGACUGAGCCUCUCCUUCAGCUCCGACGGAGUCAAUGUGAAGUCGGAGCUGGUCCAGACGGAGCAGGUCGCGGCGUCCGAGCACGAGGCGGCGCUGGAGAAGGCGGCGUUGGGUGACGAGGACGAGGACAACACGGAAACAUGUGUCAGUAAUCCUUUAGAGGAGGACGGAUCGUUGGAAGAAAGGGUUAGGAUGGCAGAGCGGAGUGACAAAAAGGCCGGCGAGGUGUCGAGGUUCGAGGAGCCCGGGAUGGCCCAGACACGCCCGGGCCCUGUCACCAUGCAGAAGGCCACCGCCAUCGUGGGCAAGGCCAUCGCGAAAGCCAUGGCGCGUGAGACCUCCGUCAGGGAGUCGCUCAGCAGAUCGGUGACGCCUGAGAUCGGCCAGGACGCCCCCAUGGUCACGCCUGAGCCGUCGGAAGAGGAGGAGGAGACUGUUGGCCAGGCUCCGAUUACCGAUUCUGAAGAUGACGAUCACCUGCGCACUCUAGACACCAUCCCUGAAGAAGAGGAGAUCAGUGAAAUGACUGAAUCGGGCCGGAUCAUUUCCAGAUCAGCGUCUAAGAAUCUGUUCCUUCCCUUCAACCCAACGGACGUUGUCCAUCUGAACGCCGUCGGUCGCGGCGUGGCAACUGCUGCUGCUGCCUCCCCACGACCAAGCGCCUCCAGCACCGUCAAGGUCGCGUCGGACGAGAAGAGCGGCACCCCCUCGGAGGCCGGACGCCCCGCCAGUAUCCCGGAGCGUGCCGAUGAGAGCGUGUCCGAGGCGCCGCACAACUACUACAACGACCCCAAGUACAACUACUACAACGCCGCCGCUGGAGCGGAAGACGCCCCCGCCGAGGAGCCGCCGGUCAAGCUCGCCCCCAAUGAUUACGAGACCAUGUACGAAGUCAAGCGAGAGCUGGAUAGUUUGCGCGACACCAGCGAGGUCACGAUGGGGAAACUCAAUGCCCUCAUCACAAACGAAGCCCAAGACGCGCGCGACAACGACGACGAAGGUAUCUAUUACGAGGAGGUCGUCCUGAAAUCAGGCAUCGACCCUUCCUCUCAGGCAAAGACCGAAGCUGGGAGUGAACCUUCCACCACUACACCCUCCCGCAGGCGCCGACGCAGGCGUCGACGUGGUCGUGGUCAGGGUGAGGGCGGCGAGGCAGGAGCGUCCAGAGCAGACCAAAGUGAACCUUCCGCGCCUGCGUCGUCGUCGUUAUCAUCCGCACCGCCCCCUCAGGCGCCCGCCGACACUUCACCGCCUCCGCCCGAAACGACGCCCUCAGCGUCGCCUGCGGAGUCUUCACCGGCACAAGCUGAAGCCGAAGCAUCACCGUCUGCGUCCAAUCCAGUGCUGCUUGAUCCAGCCGAGACGCCAGCAGAAGCUGCGACUACCAAGGCCGCGGGCGGACGCCGACGGGCCAGGUUAUCAGACAGUAAGACUUAUUCCAUGAUAGAAAUCGUGUCGACCAAGACCAAGGAGGAGGCUGCGGACUCUUCUCAGCCUGCGGAAGGAGCCGCCUCUACAGCCGCAGGGACCCGCCGCAGGAGACCCAGAACGGCCGCCGGCGCAGCCGACGCAGGAUCAUCAUCGACGACCAACCAGUCCUCCGACUACGCCGCUGCCACUGCCUCGACGACCUCUUCGACGAGGACGAGGUCGAGGGCGAGGGUCUCGGAGUCAUCAGGAGACUCGGAAGACGAUGACCGUCCGUCGAGGGUGAGCGAGGAGGAUCCCUCAAAGAUCCCUCAUCUCUUGGUCCAGAUCGAGGGUCUGAAGGCCCGACAGAAGAAGGAGUCCGACUACCAGGAGGUGAGAGAGCUGAAGGAGCAGAUCCAGCAGAUGAGGAAGCAGCUGGAGGCUAAGAUGGAGGAGGAGGGGAAAAGGCCAGACACGCCCGAGACGCCCAAGGACGAACAUCCGCCGCCCGGGCCGCUCGCAGACCCCCAGGAGCCGGCGGAGGAGCAGACCAAGAUGACCAGCCCCGAGGAGGAGCAGCUCAACUUCGAUAGGACGGUGCGUCGGUUGCUCGCCGAGGGGCACGCCGGCAGCUACGAGAAGGCUGAGCUGGCGGCGCACCUCAUGAACUUCAGCUUCGACGAGGCCAACUCCCUGCAGGCCGCCGAGGAGUGCUCUUCGAUCUACACGGCGCUGCAGUUCCUCCAGCAGGAGUGCGAGCUGUGCGCCGAGAAGUAUCCUAUGGGGAAGAUGGUGUCCAUGCUGCAGUGUACCCACCGGUGCUGCUGCGAGUGCGCCAAGACCUACUACACUUUCCAGAUCAAGACCAAGAACAUUCGCGACCUCAGGUGCCCCUUCUGCAACGAGCCUGAUUUGGACGCCUGCGAGGAGAUCGCCAAUGAAUACCUGAACAACAUGGACAUCCUCCUGAAAACUAUCCUGGACUCGGAGACGCAUGAACUGUUCCAGAGGAAGUUGCGGGACUGGACUCUCAUGAAGGAUCCGAACUUCCGCUGGUGUAAUAAGUGUUCGUCCGGCUUCAUCGCCAACCCUCGCGCCAGGAAGCUCAUCUGCCCCGACUGCAAGGACGUGACCUGUGCGUCCUGUCGCGCCCCGUGGGAGGCGUCUCACGAGGGAAUCAGCUGCGAGGCGUUCGCUCGCUGGAAGAACGACAACGACCUGGAGGCGCAGGCGCAGGGCGUGGCUAAGCACUUGGCAGAGUGCGGGAUCACCUGCCCGAAGUGCAAAUUCACGUACGCGCUGGCCAAAGGUGGCUGCAUGCACUUCACAUGUACUCAGUGCAAGUACGAGUUCUGUUCAGGCUGCGGCCAACCAUUCCGCCAGGGCUCCAAGUGUCCUGUAGGGCCGUACUGCGAGCGCCUCGGCCUCCAUUCCCACCACCCGAGGAACUGCCUCUUCUACCUCCGCGACAAGGAGCCUCACCAACUGCAGAAUCUCCUCAAAGAAGCGGGAAUCACUUACGACACGGAGCCUCCCGAGAUGUGGGAACCUGGGAAGUCGUGCCAAGUGCAGGAGCAGAAGGAACUGCCCGACGGCCUCAAGGACGACGUCUGCGGCAGGACUGUUCCUAACGGCUACGCUGGGCUGUGCAGAAUACACUUCGUUGAGUAUUUGGCUUGGUUGAUUUUUAAGAAUAAAAUAGACCCGCUAGAAACGCUAGACGAAGAAGACCUGAGGUUUGUAAUCCGCCGAGAGAACCUGGCGGCUCCGAAGCGCAUCCCGUGGGAGUCCAAGGAUGCCUACCGCCAAAAGCUCCUUCAGCUGAUCAAGGAGCACUUACCUCUCGACAGCACCGUAUAGUGUUCGACUCCUCGCUGCGGUUUCCCCCUAGCCCCCUCAUUUCCCACAUCCGGCGGUGCUGCAUACUGCUGAUGCUCCUGCAAUGUGCAUGGCGUCAGGAGGUCGUGGCGCUGACAUCGCAGCCCGCAACGUCAGACCAAAGAGUAGAGGGCAACACGCGAUGUCUGCCUGACACCGCGAGAUGCCGUAAGAAAGUGGAAGUGCGAAUAUAGAAGAGAAAGUCCCCCACCUGCCAGCCCCUCCCAAGACGCCCUCGACCCGCCAGCCUUCACGCCCACAGCCCGGACGCCCGUGAUGUCUCCGUCCCUCCGUCAACCACCCGCCCCGCUGCCUGACUGUCCGCGUGCACGCAGUCUCGUGCACCUCAGCACUACGUAACCAAACUUCACGAUUGUGUAUCAUGAUAAAGACCAGUUUAUUUUGUUCGACGACGACAAGGGGAACUACCCCGCCGUCUUCGUAGUCAGUGAUGGACGACAAUUGACUGUGAUAGAUCAGUCAGGCCUACAAAGGUGAUAUGUACAGAUAUGUUACCGAGGCGUCGCUGCCUCUUUUCACUACAUGAACUUGACCAGUUGUUACCAAGAUACUUGUAUCGGUAUGCGUGUGUAUUAGAUUCGAUAUGUAUAUGGGCCAUUGUAACUUGGAUAUCAGAUAGUUAUUUUAGGUUGUGUGAGUGAAGAUAUAUAUAUAAGCAGCCCCAUGCAACCCCCCCCCCCCGGCCCCUCCUUCACCAUCAUGUUGCCAGCACCCUCUAGCCUUCCACCCCCAGGUGAGUCAGUGUCAAAGAGCAGGUUCUCGCUCUUAAUGACACGAAAGGACCCAUGUAGCUCACCUGUGGAAAAUUAAGACAUCCCAACAGGUAUGCUGGAGGUCAGAUUCAACUUGUGAUUAAUAGACUCGGUUGCGCAGGCAGACACUCUGUGAUAACAAUAGAUCAGUCAUGAGAAUGAAAUGCGACGCAAGCAGGAGCACCAGACUAGUCAGAAGAGGAAAUACGUGCACAGUACAGCCUUAGUAGUCCUUGAAUUUUUAGUAAUACGUAUUUCCUUAGAAUACGGAGCAGUAUUUCUCAGUUAAACGGCAAAAGGUGAGCCAUGUAACAGCAGGCUACGCUUAAUGGUCAUAUAUACGUAUGCCUCUACGCACCUUCUAUCACUCAGAGAAUCAUGAUACUUCAGUGAAAAUUCUAGCGAUGCUUGUCGUAAGGGUUUGGACAGAAAUCGUAAACUUUUCGAUUAAUUUUGUGACCAUCUGUACUUCGAUGUCUUUAUAUCCUCUUUGGUUUGUUCGGUCACAUUAUUUUAAUUUUGUCCCCCGCCUUAUUUUGAUUUUUUUUUUUUUCGUUUCUCUAUGUAUCCUUCUCUUUCUUUAUCUCUUUCCUCCUUUCAUCAUCAGAAUCACCAUCAUCCUCAUCACCAUUAGAGCAUGACACUUUGUUAACUGGCUCGAGAGUUUGAUGACGUCAUGAUUGAUUUUAAUGACGUCACACCAUGUCGCAACGACCUUCAUUCAUCAAAGCAAGAAUAGAUAGAAAACCAUUCAUAAUCCUGACUAUUUUUCCUAGCCUAAUCCCUCACUUCUUCACAUCUCCUUUCAUUUCAAAAGUAGCACUUCUUUGACAUUUACAUGAUUUUUCUUUUCACAUUCUGAAAUUCAUAAGGUUGUAAAGUGUAUUCAAAUUAACACUUUCUUUCUCUUCCGUGUAGAUUUUGCAAACGAAAUUCAUCAUUGAAUUAGUGUAGAAAGAACUGUCAAUCUAUAUUAAUUUCCCAGAAACCUGAACUUAAGUUUUCUUUGUUCUUAUAAAUUAGUUUAUUGAUCUAGACAUUAUAAAGUUUAUUUAUUUAUCUGGUCAUCUAUUCAUCUAGUUGUUUAUUUAUUAAUUUCUUCAUAUUAAGAGAUAUAAGGAUAUAUAGUAAUUGGUGGUGGGGGUGCCAGGGUGGCUAUGUGCCCUCCCCCCCCCCCCUCACAUGCAACUAAUCUCUUGCUUUAUAUAAAAUUUUCACAUCCUUGUCUCUCACAUGUAUACAGAGAAUUUGGGACUAAUAAAUGUAUUAUAUCAAC